GGGUAUGUCUACGCCUAAUCUAUUGUCCAAUGUCUUAAUGUCUAAUGUCUUGAGCUGGAAGCUUCGGUUUCGUUCUUUCUCUCUCUUUCUCUCUCAGAUCUCUUAGGGUUUUCACUUUCACCGUUUCUGCUACUUCCGAUCUUCUACCAUCUUCGCCUGAAGAUAUUGCUAGCUAGGGUUUUGGAGUAGUGGAAUAGAAGGAUUACGAUUAAGGAUUCUGUUUCGUCUUCAUGGAUAAGGACAAAUCUCUAGGUCACGGUGGAGGUUUGCCACCUCCCUCGGGACGUUAUUCGGGUUACUCACCUCCCGGAACUGCGUUCAGUGUGAAAUCUGAGCCGCCGCCGUCGACGACGACGACGUCGUCGUAUCCGCCACUGGCUCCGGGAGUUUCUACACCGGAGUCUAGUGGGUUUAGUCAUGAUAUUAGCAGAAUGCCCGAUAAUCCUCCGAGAAAUAGAGGUCACAGGCGUGCUCAUUCCGAGAUUCUUACCCUACCGGACGAUAUUAGCUUUGACAGUGACCUUGGUGUGGUUGGAGGUGCCGAUGGACCUUCCUUCUCCGAUGAAGCCGAGGAGGACUUGCUGUCCAUGUACCUUGAUAUGGAUAAGUUCAAUUCGUCGUCGGCGACGUCCACGUUUCAAAUGGGCGAACCGUCUGGUGCAAUGGGAGCGUCGGGUUCGGCAUCGGCAUCAGGAGCACCCACCUCUUCUGCAGAGAAUAGUGCUGUUGGAACACUUGAACGGCCCAGAGUUAGACACCAGCAUAGUCAAUCCAUGGAUGGAUCAACUACCAUCAAGCCUGAGCUGCUGGUUUCUGGUUCGGAAGACUUGUCUGCGGCGGAUUCCAAAAAAGCAAUGUCAGCUGCUAAGCUUGCUGAGCUUGCCUUGAUUGACCCCAAACGUGCGAAAAGGAUAUGGGCAAAUAGACAGUCUGCUGCGAGAUCAAAAGAGAGGAAGAUGCGGUACAUUGCUGAGCUUGAAAGGAAGGUACAAACAUUGCAAACGGAAGCAACAUCUUUGUCUGCACAAUUAAGUCUCUUGCAGAGGGAUACAAAUGGCUUGAAUUCUGAGAACAGUGAACUGAAGCUGCGGUUACAAACCAUGGAGCAACAAGUUCACUUGCAAGAUGCACUAAAUGACGCAUUAAAAGAGGAAAUUCAGCAUUUGAAAAUACUGACUGGACAAGCUAUGCCACCUAAUGGAGGAGGACCUAUGCUGAACUUUGCCUCUUUUGGAGGGGGGCAGCAAUUCUAUCCCAAUAAUCAUGCCAUGCACACCCUUCUAGCUGCACAGCAGUUUCAACAACUCCAAAUUCAUCCUCAGAAGCAGCACCAAUUUCAGCAGCUUCAACAACAAAUGCUGCAACAGCAGCAGCAACAACAACAGCAGCAGCAGAGGGAACAGCAGCACCAACAAUCAAGCGACAUGAAAAUGAGAGAAGCUUCACCUACUCCGUGUCCUCCCAAAGAUAAUGCGUUGUCAGAUGGGUAGGUAAGGUUCAUGUGGUCCAGUCUGCUGUCAGUUCCUUUUGCCUGCAGCUACAUCAAAAUAGGCUAACUCUUGUUUUGUUGAGAAAGUUGGUGCACGUUGCCCGAGGCAUUGUCUUGUUGUAGGCCAGCUUGUCACCGGAGGUACUGAGGAGAUUUCAAAUGUUCAUUUGAAGCUCCUUUUCUGGCUUUUGUGAAGGUAGUCGUAAAUAUUCAUUUUGUUGAAACAAAGGAUGCCUAAAGCCGACUUAAAUCCACGAGGAAAACCAACACUGCUAGAAUCUGCUAGCAAACUAAAGGAAAUGAAGUCGCGAAUAAAAUGAACUCUGAAAGGAGACGAAGAGGCAACUCCAAACUUUGCCAUUCGCUGGCUUAGCCAUUAACGUGUCUCCAGUGGAAAGCAACAUCUUUUCCCCUUAUGAGAUGAUUCUAGAGGAUUUUACACCCACGGAAGUAGGAAGUAUGUGUUCUUUUGCAACCUAACUUGAAAGUAUUCACCGCUAAUAAAGAGCCUGCAUCAAUAAGCACGAUUCUGAACCAGUUAUUUUUAACAUAAAAUUGCAAUUUGAGCCGUCAAAGGUAAAUUGAAACUUAUUUGUACUGUUCAAGUUGUUGAGAUCGAUGGUUGAACAAUUUGUUUGCUUAAAAUGAAAUUAAACUGUUAUUUUACAUCACUUAA